GACAGAUGUAAAAAGUAAUAGUGCUUUUAUAAGGGUGUGUGUUUCUGUCUUUUAUAUAUAUUUUCAAAGUGAGAAUAUAUUUGUGACUUGAUAUCUAAGCCUACAACAUGGAGCUGAUGUACAAUGUCUUAUUGGGGAUUUAUGUCUCAGUCUUUCUUAUGUUAGUGAUAUUGGCCUCCUUACAUGAGCAUCUUAACCUGCGCAAGCUUUACACUGAAAUCCUGCUCAAGCUCUUUGCCUUUGGUCAAGAGCGUGUAGAGCGAAAACGAUUCAAGGCAAGUAGCAGUGAGACAGAUGAACCCGACUCCCCAGUAGACGAAGGAAAGAGACCCGUCCUCUCACCAGACAAUCCUCAGGCUCUGGGAAUCAGGGAUGAUAUCAAGGGGUUCCACCUUGACAAUGUCCUUGAGUACAUAACUGCAGGGAUGGUGGCUAUCAUGGAUGAUUCCCUUACCAAGUGUUUUGAGCCAGAGGAGCUGCCUGUCUGGAACCUUCUCUCACGCACCAACAACAGAGCAUAUGAAUUUGUCUCCUUCCGGCUAACCAUGUGCUGGAUCCUUGGAUUCUUCUUUAGGUACUUUGUCCUCCUCCCACUGCGAUUGAUCAUCCUCUUGAUUGGGAUUCUACUGCUGUGCAUCUCCAUGACCUUUGUGGGUAUCUUUCCUGAAGGCAAAGUCAAGCGCUGGAUGAAUGGCAAGCUGCUUGUGUUCUGCUUUGAUUUCAUUGCUGGCUCACUGUCCCUUGUAGCCACCUUCUACAAUGAAGAGAACAAGCCAAAGAAUGGGAUUGCUGUUGCCAACCAUACAUCUCCCAUUGAUUCCUUGGUUUUGGCGACCAACAACUGCUAUGAUAUGGUU